AUGUGCGAAGUUAAGCGCGAAAUGGGAUGCGCACCACAAUCAGGAAUUAUUCCAGAAGGAAAAGUUUCAAAAGUUUCAAAUUGUGGUGAGGGACGCAUUGCGACAGAUUCCAAUAACUUCAGAUCAAAUGCAUCGCGCCCAUUAGUUGCACAGAUUGAUCGUUUUACCGCUAGCUCAUUAGAAUGGACACUAUCUGGUUUUGACGGCGUUCUCAAACUUGCUCAAAUUACGUCGAAUUUACCAAAAUGUUCUAUUAAUGAGACAGUCGAAAAAAUUCAAGCCGCCAAAGAGCUUGAGGGUGGGUGCGAAAUGGAUAAAGUCAAUGAAGAGCUGAACCGCGCUUCUGCUAAUAAUAGCAUUGACUCUUUACUACGUGCAUAUACAAUAGAGAGUGAUUUUUAUAAAACGUUGAACAAAAAUCUCGCAAAAUGCUUAAAUCCAUUAGAGAUCGGGGAAUUUUUUCAUGUUGCCGCCUCGGUUGCAAUGGGUACCCAUGUUAAAUUAGAUGUAGACUGGCCAUUGUACUUUGUUAGCAGUAUAUGGCAUUACGUAAACACACCAAAUCGCUCUCGUAAUCAAUUUAUUGGUCGCACGUAUCGUGGCAUGAAAAUAACGAAGGAAGAUUUCGCAAGUUAUCGAAUAAAUUCGUUUAUUAUUCAGAAGACAUUUACAUCGACAUCAAAACAGCGUCUUACUGCUGAGAGUUUCAUGGGUGAAAAUGAAUUAGGUAAAGUGUCAGCAUUGUGCACUUAUGUUCUUGACAGUCCCACAACUAACUACAGUAUUGAUUUGCAAGAUAUCUCUAUUUAUCCAGACGAAGAAGAAGUGCUCAUUCCUCCCAUCGCUACGUUUAAGAUAACCAGAAUCGUUCAGAAUACCAAGACUGGUGUUUAUGAAAUUGAACUAUCUCUUAUAACUGAUAAACGUGCUGAAGAUCUCAAUGUAGGUCUAGAAGAUUGGGAGCCCGACGACAAAACAGUGGACGAUAUCAUGCAUGCUCUCUUUGCAAUGCGCUCUGGUAAAUGA